GCCUUUUCAUUUGUCGUACGGGUGUUUUGCCUCUUCUCUCCUUUUCGUUCUUUUCUGUUCUUCAUUUUUUCGUCCAUUCUUCACUUUUGUCCUCCCGUUUAUUUUCAUCUUAAUCAUGGCCGCGCCAUCUCGGGAUGGCUGUUUCAAUUGUGGGGAAGUGGGGCACUGGUCGCGUGAAUGCCCAUAUCCACGUAGGAUUCAAUUGAGGCCGCCCGUGGCGACGGGGGCUAACGCCGAACCUAUUUUGGUGCUUCCGGCCGCUGGUAAGCAGCAGCCAGCUGCUGCUCCGUCAACGUUCGCUACUAGUACGUAUCCGGCACAGCCACGUUCCGGAUGGUGGAACCGGAACCAGCAGAUUUUGGACAAGUGCAACGCCUUCGUCAGCAGAGCGGAGCAGAAGGAGAGGGAGGAACGUGCCGCGAAGGAGCGAGUGAGGCGUCAGCGGGAGAAAGAUGAGGAGGCGGCUCGGGUUAAAAAGGAACGUGAAGAUUUUGAGAACCAGAUGACGCAGCGAUUGGAGAGUCGUCUAGCACCUAUGUACGAUGCUAUCAUGGGUAAAGGGGCCAGCAAGCCUGGUGACGGAACUGCGGCGGACGAGGUCAACAGACUUCGUCGCGAAAAUGAAGCAAUGCGUGCGAAGUAUGGGAUUACUGAGCAGAUGCCGUCUACAAACUUGGUGGAUCGAUUGCAGAAAGAAAACAACGAGUUGAGGAAAUUUGGAGAGGACUUGAAGACUAGGCUGGAGGGAGAUUUAGCGGCACUCAAGUGGGAGAUCCGCGAUCUGAAGGAGCACCACGAGUCGGCUGACAGGAGUACGCUUACUAAGCAGAUUGAUGAUCUGCGUGCCGAGAUGGAUGCUUUAAGAAAGAAGAAUGAGGAAUCGGAGGAGGUGGCGCACCUUUGGAGGAACGAGGCACUUCGUCCCGGGAACAAGCGCGGUAGUAUCAAUAUAACCACGCCUGCCAGCGAGGGCCGUACUGCAGAAACGAAACGUAUCGAGGCAGAAAAGGAGCUUGUGAAAUUGAGGGAUCAGAUGGGCAAGCUGUCCACCGAUCCGGCCGAGGCAGCCACCCCACGUGGUGCGGGUACCAAUUUGAAGGAGAAAAUGGAUGAGGCGGUCAAUACUGGUCUUCGCUCCGGUAGGCAGGGGCGUGUCAAGAUGACACCGGGAAGGCUGCCCAGGGAUGGUAGCGCGAGGAAGGCGAAUGAUCGGUUUGCUUUUCUUAUCGAGGAGAGGAAAAGACUCAAGGCCUUAAAGAAAGGUGGCCUGGAGCUGUUGUGCAAAGAGGUUGGCAUCAAGUACAAGACCAUCGACUCUACCGUCGACGAGCUGGCUGAAAUCAACGUGGACAAAGCGUUCGGAGGAUGCAGUAGCUCACGCGAGAAUGAGGACGAGGGGCCAGAACAGGAUGGGCGGGUUUUUCCACGCACGGAUGGUCAUUUUUGUUUUCGAUCAUCGCAGGUUGAUUUUGUACCACAGUUCUUAAAAAACUCUCGUAACAUCCCUGGUCCUCUCCGUAGUGCUUCACGUCAACAUCUGGCUCAGCAAAUUUCUGCCUCUUUUGAGCAAGUACCGUUCCUGCCUAAGCUCAGUACCGAGAUGUUUGGGAGAGUUUUGUUGGAUGCGUGCUUAAACAGGAACAGAGUAGUGGAUGGGUUUGCUUCGAGUGGUCCGGAUUCUGUCUCGUACUGGAGGGACCGUUUUGCCAAUCUGGUGCGUGUCCCCAUCGACCACAAUGUCGGUGACACGUUGGUAUGCUGUCCAGUGAUCUACCGGCAUGGGAUGGAUAAGCUCUUCCUGGACAACCAGGGUUUUGUGAAGUGCGAUAGCGAGAAGAAGGUCCGGGAUUUGCCUGCUGCACGAUUCCGUGAUGAGGGAUUAACGACACUUGGUAAAUGGGACAGGGAAGGGAGUCUGGGGGAGGCGUAUGUUGUACCAAAACACAAGGAUGUUGCAAAAUGGAGACCAAUCUGCCCCACUCACUCUGAGUGUGGGGUGAGAGCCAGCAAAACAGCGGUGCAGGCUAUUAAUCGGAUGCUUUGGGAUCUACCUUCUGCUAUUAAUUUCAAUUUAAAGAGCAUGUCGGAUCUUGCCGCGGCCGUGGGAGGUGUGAACAAGGAUUUGAAGAAAGGUGAGCAGUUGUUGAGCUCUGCGUUUGAUAUUAAGGAAAUGUUUUGCAAUUUGCCACAUGCGGCUAUCAUCCACACAGUACAAUGGGUGGUGGAUUUCUGGUCAAUGAGAGGAUGUUCUGGGAUUCUCGUUAAAAAACGGGGCAAGGGAGCUAAACUGAAGAAGGGUGGCAAGCAGGAGGGCUGGAUCACGAUAGAGUUCGACAUGCUCAUCAAAUUUGUUAUCUUUGAUCUUGAGUGCACUUUCGUUCGAGCUUGUGGACGUGUACUGCAGCAAAAAGUGGGCAUCCCCAUGGGCAAGUCAUCCAGCCCGGCGCUGGCGUGUUUGUUGUGUGCGUACAAUGAGUUCAGGUUCCUUUCAUCUCUCAGAUGUGAUAGGAAGCUGGUACAUGGAAUCCGCAUGGUUGACGAUGUUUCUUUGCUGGUACGGUAUGUUGAUAAUGACCUGGAGUCUGUUGCUGUGGCUCAAUCGAUUUUGACGAAGUUUCGGAGUUGUUACGACCACCAUCUGGUGUUGGAGCAAACGAGUGGUGGGGACUGCUGGGACUUCCUUGGGUGUGUCUUAAAAGUGCUUGAUUGGCCUUUGGGUGUGCAGUGCGUGGCACUGCACAAGAAUCAGCGCAAUUUUGGUGAGGAGAAGCUUCGAUUUCAGAAUCUUCAGGAUUUCCAAUCCUUUUCAAGCAAUCAGCAAAAAAUGGCAGUUAUUGGGUCUUGCCUCCACAGGGGCAAGGCUUACACCACAAUGAGCGGUAUGGAGGUGGCGUUUCUUUUCACGUUAAAGAUUGAAUUGCGGAAGAGGGGCUUCCCGGAUGAGUAUUUCGAUAUUGCGCUGAUGACGGCCCUAUCAGAGAUAGCGAAUCAGCAUUUGCGCGAGUUAGAACGCGUGAGGAAGGAGCAAGAUGCAGUGAUCAAGAAGAUUAACAAAAUCCAUUCGAAGCUAUGCCUCACGGAUCCGGAGAAAGCAGAGAGGUUUGGGGAAAAGUUAUGGGUCAGGCUGCGGGACUUUUACGAAGAAGCGAAGGAAUUGGCAAUGAAAGAAGACUAUAUAUCGGGUCUAUGCAUCAAGGAGGUGGAGUCGCUCUCCCACACUUCUGUAGCGCCGCCGCCGGCAGCUCCACCUCCACCUCCACCUCCUCCUCCUCCUCCUCAUCCAUCCGCUCCUCCCUCUACUCUACCCCUCCCAAUUCCCUCGUCGACUCUACCCUCCUCCGCCGCCAAUCAGUCCUCCUCGGUCCAUCAUCAUCCCCAGCAAGCCAACUCCCAGCCAUCGCGCAAGAAGUCCGCCGCAGCCAUGGCGGCAAGCGCAUCCUCCGAGUCCAAGCGGAAGAAAUUGAAGAUGGUAAUGACAGCAUCAGCGUCAGCAUCAGCAGCAGCAGGAGGAGGAGGAGGAGGAGGAGGAGGAGGAGAAAUGGGCGAAACGGUGAUGAUGGGAGGGAGCGGAGGGGUAGUCCCUCGUCUAGCCUCUCCAUCGUCACUUUCCCCCCGUGUUACUGGCACUAGUACUACUUAUCACCAUCCUCAGCACUACCACCCUCAGCAUUAUCAGCAGCAGCAACAUCAUCAUCAUCAUCAUCAUCAUCAUCCUCAACAGCACCAGCAGCAGCCAUCGUCAUCAUCCAUGGAGCAGGCCGCCAUCGCUGUCGGAGAUCAAGUUGCCGCUAGGGUUACUGAUGACAAUGCUGAAAAGGAUGAUUGGAUUGUCGUGAAAGUGACCAAGUACGACAGAGAGAGCAAUCGCUACGAAGUGAUUGAUGAAGAGCCCGGUGAUGACGAAGAGUCAGGCCAACGCAAGUACAAGCUCGCCGCAUCUUGUAUUAUACCAUUCCCAAAGAAGGGAGGAGAUCAAAGCCAAACGGCGGAGUUUUAUACCGGAGCGCAGGUGCUGGCUGUGUAUCCGGGGACAACAGCACUGUACAAAGCGGCAGUCGUUCGCAAAAGAAAGGGGGAUGAUUACUUGUUAGAAUUUGAUGACGACGAGGAGGAAGGGGUGGACGGUCUGCCCCAGCGAUCCGUACCUUUCUACCACACCGUGCCCCUCCCUGAGGGACAUAGGCAAUGAUUAGACUGCCAGACAAAUUAAUUAGUUGAUUGCUUUCCCUUCCUCUGCUUCGUUGAGUCCGAGUCUCCCUUCCUGAUAUGCAAGGGAGGAGGAAGGGGGGGUGGCCGGUCUCCACCAGCGGCGACGCGUCCUCUGGGCGCUUUUUACUUCUCUUGAAUGGAUCCGUUUGCUUCUGUGCUCGGUUUGUGAUCGUGUUCAUCAACGGCCGGCAAAUGCCACGUGGACGGUAUAGAUGAUCAGUGCGCACACGAGGAGUUCGUCAUUUUGCGUCAGGGUACUCGCGGCGUCUGAAUGCGAGCGUGAAUUGCGGUCAGAUGCACAAUUAAAGUGCUUGCGUGAGUCCGUGCGCUGCUUGCCGCGUGGGAUGCCGUGGCAAUUGGGUGUC